AAAAAAAAAAAAAUCUAACGCGUAAAUUCUCUCUGUAUUUUUGAGGGUUGCUUCACUCUCGGACAAUUCGUCACCAGCUGUUUAGUCUGCAGUCCAUUUUCAGCUCUGAUACUGAUCAUCCUUUCGAUCGUCAUCCGAGUCCAUUUUCCAGCCAGACUUGAUCUGUACUUACUGUACCGGAUCCUCAACUUCCCCACGUCAAACAGCACCCGGAUUUUCUCGUCCACCACCCUGUGUGCCUCGAUUACUCCACGGUACAACUCAGUUUACCCUUGGGUGCUACUAAAAAGAAACGUUAUCGACAUUGAUAUUACCCGAGGAAAUCUUUUCCCCUAUAACAACCAGAGACAACUCAGCAUCUUGUGGCGCGGCGCCAUCCUUGGUGGGUUCCACAAGCGGCCCCCAACGACAAACGGCUUGCUUGCUUGUAUACCCGUUUGCACCGUGUUCCACGAGAUUUCUUGCUCGUUUCUGGCAUCUGCUGCAACUUUUUUUCUCUCCUACGUUUUCCCAAUUGAUCACCAUCUCACCUUCUCUGCUGCAUCUCUGGCCUUUCACGACGAUCACUGGAAUAUCAUUGCCAGUUACCAAGCCCAAAAUCGCUCCCCCACCCACUCAGUCACUCUCAACCAUGGUCUUAAAACUAGGGCCGUCAUGUCCUGUGGACGGCUCAUUCUACGUUUGCAAUGACUCUCCCAUCAAGUUCAUCGGCUGCUGUAUGACCAACCCAUGCGACAAUGGCGGCGUCUGUGAAAGCAAAGACCUACGACCAGCUACCUUCAACAGAGGUUCCUACGACAAAGUGCCUCCGCAGAGCUGCUCGACUUCGAAUGGAAGCAAGUCAUGGUUCACCUGCCAGAACAACAACAUUCCAUUUCUGGGCUGCUGUUCAGAAAACCCGUGCAGACCGACAGGCUGCCCACAAAACAGUCUAAUCCCCGCCCGCCUCAGCGACAACGCAACAGAAGCCUCGGUCUUUAUCGAGGACCAGCCGACAGCAGCACCCUUACCACCCCCGGUGUCGCCCUCCAUACCAGUACCGCCGGCGCAGAGUAGCGACAAGGGUUUGCACCCGGGCAUUAUCGCCGGCAUCGUCGUCGGUGCGCUCAUCCUCAUCGCCUUGAUCGUUUUGCUGGUCUGCUGGAAGAUGGGAUGGCGGUUACGAAACAAGGAAAAAGACAGCCGGGUCAUCGCAGACUUUCCUGCGACGUACGUCAACAAUGCCCUGCCCGACAUGGGCGAGGCUGAAUCCCAAUACCAAAGCAACAACCCCCAUCACAGCUUCAGCCCAGACCACUUCUCACCCGAGGCUUACAACAUCAAGACCAUGCCCGCUCUGGGCCCCAAGACGUCAACACGAUCCUCGAGGACGACGCAGACAAUCGUUCAAGAAGAAGACGACGGCCGUCAACCCGAGGGAAGGGGAGACCACUACCUGUCCGGCAACACACUCGCCCCCAACAUGGUCGCAGGCGGCGGUUUGUCCAUGAGAUCCGUCUCGCAACCCACGUCGCCAAUCACGUCCAACGCCAACGCCAACAGGGUCAGCAUGAUGAGCGCCAUUUCCGACUCGCACGGCCAGUAUGCACGCGUCAACAACAUGAUGGUGGAUUCACCCGAGCCGUCUCCGAAUUUCGGCCCGAUCCCAGAGAUGGGAGCCGAGCGACGGGAUCUGCGUCAGCAAUCACCACCACCACAACCGCGACCUCGGUCCAUGUCCCCACAGCCGCAGUACCAACAGCCCUACUACGCGUCGCGUCAGUCAUAUCAAGCUGUCCCCAGUCUGCCACCGGUAGAACUGCCAGACGCCGAGCCUGUCAACAGACCGGUGCAGGGGUCUCAACAGCAGUGGCAACCCUAUCGGCCAAAAUGAGAGGCCGAUACUGAUUGUACUCGGCGAUUGUUAUCUACAACGUUAUAAAAUUCUCCUUUCUUUUUUUUUAUCAUGCGGGUUGAUGUGGGCUUUCCCCAAGGCUAGCAAUCCGUCUUUCCUAUAUUCAUGAACUUUGAAACUGCAUUUUCUGUUAUAUAUCCAUCAUGCCUCACUGCGUUUACACCCUAAAAAGAUUCGUCUCUACUCAAAGGAGAUCAUCAUACUAGUAACGUAAUGCUACAUUAUUCAUCUCUAAAAAGACGCGUCAAUAUCUACUUCUUUUAUCUUAUCCCUUGGCACCCGUGUUUUCUCGCAUCUAUAGUGCUCUGGUACGGCAGUGGUACCUAUCUCUCUCACAUACCCCGCAGACUCUUACUCGUGCUUUUAAAUCUCGCCU